AUGGAGGCUCCAGGCAAGGUGCAACAUAGGCUAGUCCCAGCAAGUACCGCACACGCCAAGGAGUCGCCAGUAGAGAAGAGAAUGGAGAAGUGGUCGAAGAAUGCUCGACCACCACCAGUGAUUGAUAUUUCCCGUCUCCCGUUUCCCGCUCGUGCUAGGCAGCAGUUAUUUUCUAGGGAGUAUGAGAAAUUUCUUGAGAUGUUCACCCAGCUGAAGGUGAACCUUCCGUUCAUAGAGGCUUUGAGAUCCAUGCCUAAGUACGCUAAGUUCCUUAAGGAUUUUCUCAAGCGUAAGGAUAAGGUAGGUGAGAGUUCUAGUAAUCCGUUGAGUGGAGAGGUGUCUGCUGUGAUCCUAAAUAAACUUCCUGAGAAACUUACCGAUCCAGGCAUUUUCACGAUUCCUUGUUUGUUUGGUGGUGAUGUUAAAAACCACGCGUUGGCGGACCUUGGUGCUAGUAUUAAUUUGAUGCCUUAUUCAUUCUACGAAAAACUAGGCCUUGGUGAUUUGCAAUCGACUCGUAUGACCCUCUCGUUAGCAGAUAAGUCGGUUAAGUAUCCUAGGGGGGUUGUAGAGAAUUUGUUGGUAAAAGUUGAUAGGUUUGUUUUUCCGGCUGAUUUUGUAGUGUUAGAUAUGGAGGCCGAUGAAAGAGUUCCGCUGAUUUUAGGGCGCCCGUUCUUGAACACGGCUAAAGCGUUGAUAGAUGUUUUCUUAGGCACAAUUACACUUAGAGCGGGUGAGGAGUCGGUGGUCUUUGAGGUGAAUAAUGCGAGAGGGUCGAGUGAGAGAGUUGAGGCGAUAGCAUCGGUAGAGGAGAGUGAGAAGAAUGAGAGAGAUGAGAAUAAGGUGGUGAGUGAGCCGAGUCUAGAAAAGGUGUUAAAACCCAAGUGUGGGGAUCCACCUGAUAGGAGAGUCGAAGAGUUGGAAGAGAGAAUGAGUAGGUUAGAAUUUAAGUUAGAGAAACUAAGCAAGGCUUAG